AUGGGCAAAUUUGAAAAAAUCGACGAUGCGUCAAAACAUGUCGAUGAGCAAUUGGUCCUUCGAGGAUUUUUGAAUUCUAAUCAAUCGCUGCAAUUGAGCGAAUCUCAAAAUGCCAAAUUGAUCAUAAACACUGUACAUAGGCUGCUUACUUCAUUAGAGGAUAAGAACAGACAGUUGGAGAAUGCUCAUAAUACAAUCGAAGAACUGAAAAAAGCACCGAAAUUAGUCGAAAUUAAGGAAAGUCCACAACCUUCGCCGAAGGUUCCUCGUGUACAACCGAUACAAGUAGCCAAACCUACGAUAAAGAAUGAUAGAACCGCUAAAACCUUCCAAGUAAAACUGAAUCGAUUGCAAUCUAUAAUUGAUGAAUUGAAGUGGCAGUUAAAUUUUGAGAGAAAUAGAAGUAGAAGAUCACUAGAACCCGAUAUCACUUGGAAUAUUCAAGAGUCGAUUCAACGGAACGAGGAACCAUCUCCGUCUUCAUUAGAGAUUGUUGAUCAGUACAGAGAUGAAAUUACUCAACUGAAAAUGGAGUUACAAAAAUUUUUACACGACAGGCAGAUGAUUUCACAGCAUUUAGACGGCGUAAAUCGAUACACAUAUUCAGUGGAAGUCUUAGAUGUACGUCCGAAAUCGCAUAGCAAUGUCGAAAAGGAAGAAUGGUCAAAGUGGAUAGAGCAGCUGGAUAAAGACGAUUUAGAACUAAAAGAACUUAUACAGGAUUGGUAUGAAAUAGUUGAAAUUGCAAUGAAAGUAAAAGAAUAA